UUCUUCACCUAACAUGAGUGCAUGAAACCUUUGCUCAACAAACAUCAUGGGUUUGAACCAUAAUCCAUCUGCAAACUCUCUUUAUCCUCCUCCUCUUUUUCUUCUUUUUCUUCUUCUUUUUCAGCUACUUGGAUGCAUGGUGGUAGCCAUCUCACGAGGAAGCAAAGUUAAGAGUUUACCAGGUUACGGUGAUCUCCCCUUAACACUUGAAACUGGAUACAUUGGUGUAGGGGAGAAAGAGGAGGUGCAGCUUUUCUACUACUUUGUUAAGUCUGAAAAUAACCCCAAGGAAGAUCCUGUUGUCCUCUGGAUCAAUGGAGGCCCUGGUUGCUCUAGUCUUGGGGCUUUUUUCUUUGAAAAUGGUCCAUUAGCAAUAGACAUUGACAACUACAAAGGAGGCUUACCCACACUUCUUCUAAAUGAACAUUCAUGGACAAAGGGCCUUAAUAUAAUAUUUUUAGAUGCACCUAUUGGGACUGGAUUCUCUUACUCAAAAACCACACAAGGUUACAAUACAAGUGACUCUAAGUCUGCAGCAAAUACUCAUGAAUUUAUACAGAAGUGGUUUAAGGAACAUCCUUCAUUUUUGGAGAAUCCACUCUACCUUUCUGGUGAAGGCUAUUCUGGAAAACACAUCCCAGUAGUAAUACAAAGGAUUUUAACCAGUAAUGAAGCUGGAAUUAAGCCUAUCAUCAAUGUUAAGGGUUAUGCAAUGGGAAACCCUGGAACAGAUUCAGUUAUUGAUUCCAAUUCAAGGAUUCCUAUAGCUCACCGUUUGGGACUUGUAUCGGAUGAUAUUUUUGAGGCAGCGUAUGCAAGUUGCAAUGGCACAUUCUACCCUGCGCCAAACACCGAGGAUUGUAAUGCACUUCUCUCAUAUAUUAAUGAGCUACUCUGCUACAUAAAUCCAGCCCAAAUUUUAGACCCAGCCUGCAGCAGCAAAUGCUUGACAUCAGCCAGCACCAAGCUCAACUCCAAGUCCACAAAUUCCUACACAUCACUGAAUAAUGCUUCCCACAAAAAAUGUGAUGCAUAUUAUCAAUCAAUUUGCCAAGAAUGGGCAAACAAUGUGGAUGUCCAAGAAGCUCUUCAUGUUCGACAGGGAGCCAUAUCCACCUGGCUAUACUGUAAUGACACAUUAAAUAGCGUCUACGGCCGUGACAUCGAAAGUGUUAUUGCUUAUCAUCAAAAUUUCUCCAAGACCAAUCUUCGAGGUUUGAUAUAUAGUGGGGAUCAUGACACUGGAAUUCCAUAUAUUGGAACACAACAAUGGAUAAAGUCUCUGAACUUGCCUAUGGUAGACAAAUGGAGACCAUGGUCUGUCAAUAAUGAAACUGCUGGAUACACAAGGAAAUUUGAAAAUGGAGAUUUCAGCUUGACAUAUGCAACUGUGAAGGGAGCAGGCCACUUUGCUGCAAAAUUCAAACCUCAAUGUUCUGCCAUGAUUGCUAGAUGGAUGGCCUAUGAAUCCCUUUGAUCCAACCUAAUUUAUAUAAUGAUCCUCACCUAUAUGUAAAUUUUAAAUAAAUUGAGGAUUUUUAUUUACUUUCAAUGUAUAACUUUGCCUUAAC